AUGAAUAAACUAUGGACUGGCGAUCUUGAUGAUGAUCGAAUUAAAAGCUGUUUUAAUUAUGAAACACGAGAUUUUAUCAUGGAAACUUACACAACGAAAAGUGCUAUUGAUUACAAAAAUAUUUCCGUAGCAGUUAUUCAAAAGUAUCCAAGAUUAACAGAAAAACAAGGUUUCGAAUUGAUAUCAUUGUCUACUCCACGGGCACAAUGUUUUUAUUUUAUUUGUUUAUAUUAG